AUGGCCCCGACCUCACCAGACAAGCCAGAUGCCCGCCGUUCUCGAUCUCGACCACCUCUUUACUCCUUUUCAGGCACGAUACGCCACCAGUUGCCAGUCAUACCUAGACCCUCGCAAAGACCCUCUCGUUGUCGCCUUCCGCCAACCGAGGCCACAGCCGGAAACCCUCCCACCGGCCGCUUCGAUCGCGUUCGUCAAUUGAGUCGCUCUUUUCGUCCUAUUCGCAAACCCGGGAGGUCGAUGUUUCCACGGUCUCAACGAUCCGAUGCCACUAUCAUCACCGGGAUUGACCGCUCGCUUCGAUUCCGCCCCAGUGUACUUGACCAGUCCCGAGAGCCUCCUGCACCUGUCGACUCUAAACACCACCAGAGCCCGUAUAAACCUCUGUCUUCUAUCCCAUCCAAGAGGGCACACCCUGUCGACGCGAAUAACGACAGCCGCUGUAGCCAUGACUCCCCACAGAAGCGGCAUUGCCUUGUUCACCAAGAUGUGUCUGAGUCCUUCCACAAGGCUACAACUGCCACACAUCUGCUUCCUCAAAUUUCAUCUAUCAAUCAUGCCGUUCCCCGUCCCAGCAUCGAUACGUGUGGGGACGGGUUUCCCAAAGAGGAUCAAUGUCACUCAAUGUGGCCUUUGGCUUCAGCAAAAUCUGAUACGACGAUCUCACUCGGAAAACACAAGAAUAGUACAGCCAGACAACAGACCACACCAGCAGCCACCAAGGAGCAUAACCAGUUGGACCAGUCUACUCGAUCCAUUGACCAUCAAGUCAAGCCCCUCUCUAAAAGGCCUGGCGAUGAUGGGCUGCCGAGCGAAAGGUUUGAUGCAAAGGCAUGCCAGCAACUUGAAUCUCCUCGCCGCACAGCCCUCGGCAAUACGGAGGGCAGUCCCUAUGAUGAGCUUGCAAACCCCAACAAUCUUUCGGAACUGAAGAAGCCAUCUCGGGACAAGAGUGAGACCUCCAAGAGUCCUGGUCCAACCACAGCUCCAGGCUUGGGGGCCUGGCCCCUCAUUUUUGCCUGUAUUGCUGUAUUUAUCGGUGGGAUGUUCUUGUCUGAGUUGAGAUUCCCCGACUUUCGAAUCCCCGAGUUUCGUGCUGUAGAUUGGAACGAGAGGGCCAUCGAACUUGAGAUUGCGCUGGCGACGAUACCAAGAGUCGUUCUUUUUGGCGAGGCCAGUCUCUCGCACCAGGGAGUCCAUCCUGGCAUGCUCCCCGUCGAUGGCUUGGCCCAUGAUCGCAAUCCCUCGUUCGGGCCUAACGAGAGGAUACCAGUGCGAUCCAAGUGGUUUUCCAACUCAAGCGAGUUUCCGCAGUACGAACCUUGGCUGACCACGUCAUCUGGGGUAUUUGUGCCCGAGUUCGAGUUCUUGCAGGACCUUUGGAAGGUUACUCACAGCACGUGCUUAGGCCUUAGUUCGGUUCCCAUUCCAGAUGGGUCAUCUCCAUCCGACGACUUUUGCUUCCUCCUUGCCGACACCUUGAAUGACUUGGACACGUUCUACCUUUUUCUUUUUCGUCAAUUCGGCUCAUACUACACAGGUACGAGUCUUGACAUGAAUGAGGUCAUGCUGUUCAACAUGGAAGCCCUGCAAGAGAUGCAGAGAAAUGGUUCCGAAGAGCUGGGCUCUGAUCAGCUUCGCGCCCGCGCGUUGCAUGCUCCAUCUACGACAACAGUUUCUCUGCCGACCGUUGAACCACCAUCUCCUCACCGCCGGCUUCCCACUGAUACAAGCAUCCCUGACGACAUACCAAAGAGCUUCAUCAAGGGGUGGCGCGAUGCAAUGGCUGCUCGCAGCUCUCGGUUUCAACAGGAGCACGCAUCAACGACCACCCCGACCUUUGACACGACCGCGUCGAGGCUACCAGAGAUACCGACGCCCAGAGACUACGCCGAGGCUCAGAUGAACAAUGGGACCGCGAACAUCUUGGUCAACCAUGUUAUUGACGUGAUCGUUGGCCGACGCCUGAACGAAACCGACGAGGUUGAGGGUCCAACCUAUGGCAACAUCAUUGAGCAUUCAGUCAGGCUAGACAAGUUUUGCGAUCUUUUUCCUCGACUAAAUGAUCACAUAUCGAAAGCCAUUCGGUCUGCGAAUAGGAGCGAGCUGAACGCCUACCAGCUCAACAGGCUCAAACGUAUUCAGGACGUCGCCCCCUUCCUGCGGGACAUUGCCGUACCUAGAUUGGGCGGCAUGCAAGCCAGAGCCAAGCGAGGAGUCCAGCUACUUAGGGAGACAGAGAAGCGCCAAGCAGAACUUCAAAGUGAAAUUAAAAAGACGCUGCGAAACGGCUGGCUCGGCCCAAGAGUUGAGUGGCUAAGCCGCCGGAUUAUAUGUUAUUACCUACCCGACCUGAAGAGCAUGGCCCUUCAAUGGAGCCACGCUCGCCAAUGGCUGGCAGUGGAGUCGGAAGAAGUAUUCGAAAUAUAUCAGGGCCGGCAGGCAGAGUUUCGCUUGCUCGACACAAGGCGUCCAGAUAAUCUUUCUAAGAAGCAACUCUCUGAGUGGCAUUUAUGGAGGAGCUAUAUGAUUUGGUCGCGAUGGUCCUUGGAGGAUAGACGCAGACAUCCAGAGGGAAAGGAGUCGUUUUGCUGGAAGGAGACGGACUGGGACCCUUUCGCAUCUACAUGGCAGAGAAUGGUUGGAUGGGUGAAGGGUCGGGACAAUGUUGACAUUCCGUCUCAAUGUGGCGACGCGUCAAAGAGACAUGGAUGA